AUGGUCUUCAAACUCCACGGAUUCCCCUCCUCCCCCUGCACACUCCGCGUCGCGACCAUCCUGCACGAGAAGAACCUCCCUUUCGAAUUCAUCAACGUCUCGCUCUUCACCGGCGAGCACAAGCAGCCCGAAUACCUCAAGAACCAGCCCUUCGGCCAGAUCCCCUUCCUCGAGGACGACGACUUCACCAUCUUCGAGUCCCGCGCGAUCUGCAAGUACAUCGACGCGAAGCACCCCGGCCUCGCGCCCGCGCAGUCCGACGUGCGCGCGUACGGCCGCUACGAGCAGGCGCUGAGCGUCGAGACGGCGAACUUUGACCAUUUCGCGACUAUUGCGCUGGCUGAGAAGAUGUUCAAGCCGAUGAAGAAGCUCGAGACGAACGAGGCGGCUUAUGUUGAGGCGGUCAAGGCUCUUGACGGGAAGCUCGAUGCGUACAACGUGAUCCUCGGCAAGCAGAAGUACCUCGCCGGCGACAAGCUCACGCUCGCAGACCUGUUCCACCUCCCCGAGGGCACGCUUCUCGAGCAGAUCGACUACCAAGGUCUCUCGGCGUCUUCGCGCCCGAAUGUUGCGCGCUGGUGGAACGAGAUCAAGAGCCGCGAGUCGUGGGUCGGGCUUAAGGAGGGCGUGAAGUCGGUCAGCGCUUGA